AAAAAAGUUGGCAAGUACGGUAAUUCAAGGGAGAGUAGUGUUGUCAUAGUCGUCGGUUUAACAAUAACAAUGAAUGAUCAUUAUACUUAAUAGUUUAUACGACGGCGCAGCCAAUCUAUCGGCCCAGUCUGGUUUGGCAAAGAAGACGAUCUAGUACUAGUGUUAGUGUUGACGAUACCCAUCCAUGGUAACAUUGUUUAGAGUUGCGGGAAUAGCCAUGGAUGUUAUCGCCAAAUGACACAAUUGUAAUGAUGCCGUUAAAAACUGGAUUUAUGAGCUGACCAAUAUAAAAAAAAUAAAUCAUCUUCCUUAAGAGACACUUAGAAACUGUUCUUACCAUGGAUGACAUCAAGCACGACUUUAGUGAACUUAAAAAUUUCAUAAAAAUUGAGAAGAUAGAACAGUCAUUAGACUCAGAGAUGACAGACAAGAAUUACAUUUAUGAAACUUCUAAUUUAAGUUUAGCAGAACAGACACGGGUACCGAAAUCUGAAGAACAUUCAAUGUCAAUGAUGGAUGACUUGAAACAAGACUUUACCAAUGAUCUCUGUGAAGUUAUAAAAAAUGAGAAGAUAGAAUCAUCUUUACAUACAGACAGAUCAGAAUAUAGCUUCAUUGGUCAAAGCUGUGAAUCAAUUUUAUCAGAGCAAAAAAUAAAUCUAAAUCCAGGUAUGACUUACAACCAAGAUAAACCUAGAAACUCUCCUCACAAAGAUGUGUAUGCUUCUAAUGAAAAUAGAACUCUCCAGCUGGUUUAUGCUGAGCAACUUUCCUCUAUUUCAUCAUUCUCUAAGAAUGUUGAAUUAAUGCAUUGCUCUAUAAAAACAUUUAAGUGUGACUUGUGCCAAAAACAAAUGUUUCUUAAAUCUAAAUUAAUAGUUCACCUGGCUUGGCAUUGUAGAACAAAACAAUUCAUAUGUUGCAUUUGUCAGAAAGAAUUAAAAAGCUACACAAAUUUGAGAAGACAUGAAUUGGCUCAUUCAGGUGAAAAGCCAUUUAAAUGUCAGAUUUGUCAAAAAGAAUUCACUCAUUCCAGAUAUUUAAGAAACCAUAAGAUUACUCAUUCUGGUGAAAAGCCAUUUGAAUGUCAAAUUUGUCAAAAAAGAUUCUAUCAUUCUUCAGGUUUAAAACAGCAUGAGUUGAUUCAUUCAGGUCAAAGGCCAUUUAAAUGCCAAAUUUGUCAAAAAAGAUUCACUCAGUCCUCACAUUUAAAAAACCAUGAGAUAAUUCAUUCUGGUGAAAAGCCAUUUGAAUGUCCAAUUUGUCAAAAAAGAUUCUAUCAUUCUUCAGGUUUAAAACAGCAUGAGUUGAUUCAUUCAGGUCAAAAGCAAUUUAAAUGCCAAAUCUGUCAAAAAAGAUUCACUCAUUCCUCACAUUUAAAAAACCAUGAGAUAAUUCAUUCUGGUAAAAAGCCAUAUCAAUGUCACAUUUGUCAAAAAAGAUUCACUCAAUCCAGUUCUUUAAAAGACCAUAAGAAAAAUCAUUCUGAUAAAAAGCCUUUUCAAUGUCAAAUUUGUCAAAAAGGAUUCACUCGUUCCAGGUAUUUAAGAGACCAUAUAAUAAUUCAUUCUGGUGAAAAGCCAUUUGAAUGUCUAAUUUGUCAAAAAAGAUUCACUCAAUCCUCAAGUUUAAAAAAUCAUGAGUUGAUUCAUUUAGGUCAACAGCCAUUUAAAUGCCAAAUCUGUCAAAAAAGAUACUCUCAGUCCUCACAUUUAAAAAAGCAUGAAAUGAUUCAUUCUGGUAAAAAGCCAUUUCAAUGUCCAAUUUGUCAUAAAAGAUACGGUCAGUCCUCAGAUUUAAAAAACCAUGAGAUAAUUCAUUCUGGUGAAAAGCCAUUUCAAUGUCAGAUUUGUCAAAAAAGAUUCACUCAUUCUAGUUAUUUAAAACGGCAUGAGAUUAAUCAUUCUGAUAAAAAGCCAUUUAAAUGCCAAAUUUGUGAAAAAAUUUUCUCACGUUCUUCAAGUUUAAAAGAUCAUGAGAGGUAUCAUUCUGGUGAAAAGCCAUUUAAAUGCCAAACUUGUCAAAAAGAAUUCUUUACCUCCUCACAUUUAAAAAAUCAUGAGUUGAUUCAUUCAGGUCUAAAGCCAUUUAAUUGCCAAACUUGUCAAAAAAGAUUCAUACGGCCCUCAGAUUUAAAAAGGCAUGAGAUGAUUCAUUCUGGUAAAAAGCUAUUUUAUGUCAAAUUUGUCAAAAAGGAUUCACUCGUUCCAGAUAUUUAAGAGACCAAAAGAUAAUUCAUUCUGGUGAAAAGCCAUUUCAAUGUCAAAAAGAGUUCACUCUUUCUAAAAAAUGUAUAAAGGCAUGAGAUAUUUCGUUUGAGUAAAAAUGAAAUUGUUGUAAAAAAAUGUCACUCAUUCUACAAAUUUAAUACAGCAUGACAUGAUUCAUUCUGAUAACAAGAUGAAUGGUAAAGGGCUUAGCUUUUGAACGGGAGGUCCCAAGUUUGAAUCCAAGUGAAGACUGGGAUUUUUAAUAUCUUCAGGACGCCUUUGAGUGCACCCAGAUCUACUAGGUACCUGACAUUAGUUGAGGAAAGUAAAGGCAGUUUGGUCAUUGUGCUUGCCACAUGACACUAAUUAACUGUGUGCCACAGAAGUAGAUGACCUUUAUUUUAAAUCAUCUGCCCUAUAGAUCACAAUGUCUGAAAAGAGAAUUAACAAGCUAUUGAAAUGCCAAAUAUGUCAAAAAGAAUUCACUUAUUCCUCAAAUUUAAAAACAGCACAAGAUAAUUUUAGGCUGUCCUCAAAUUAAAAAAUCUUGAAGGUUCAUUCUUGUAAAAAAAAAACAACGUUUAAAUGAAAAAAAGUUUUUAAAAGGAGCCCACUCAUUUUACUUAAGCCGCAUGAGGUGAUUCAUUAUAGUCAUAAGCCAUUUCAGUGUCAAGAUAGAUUCACUAAGUCCUUAAAAAAAAGGGAUGGAAUGAAUCAUUCUAGUGAAAAAUUUCAAUUUAAAAUGUGUUGUGUUCAAAAAGAGUUCACUCACUCCCGAACUUUCAAAGUGGAUUCUUUCUGGUCUGAAGCCAUUCUAAUGUUCCAUUGUCUGUAUGAAUACAUUAACAAUAGCUUCAAGUGCUAGUGGAAUGAAAUAAUCUUUCUGUUAUUUUUUUAAAAUUAAUUAGAAAAUUCAUUUGGAUUAAAGUCUAUGCUAAAUGCGAUUAGGAAUUAACUCAUUACACUCACACAUAUAAUAUAUAUUAUGUAUUAUACAUUAUAUACAUACACCAGUAAAUAUAUGUGUCGUGACAGACGAUUAGUGCGUCCAUAUGAAUCUCUAGUUAUCUUUCUUCUUGAGUGGGUAAAAAUCUGAUGCGACUAAACUACCAGAUUCAAUGUCUACCUCAGUUUACCUGUAUAUACGUUUAGAUUUUAUUCUGUUAUAUCUACUAUGUAGUUGUAAAUUACCUCUGACUCAUUUAUUGAUCAAGAAAUCUCUUCAAGCUAAAAGCAUGAAAUAGAACUCAACGAAAACAGUUAUUAUACCAACGGCACACAUUUAUAGUUGUUGACCUCAAUCUAUUUCAAAUUUAAUUGAUCCAGAAUUGGUACAACUACACUUUGAAUAAUUUUUUUUUUUGUAAGUAUUUCUUAAGGUUUUUCAUGUUGUAUUAUGUUGUGUUAAUGAUGUGAUAUUUCAUUGGAUUUUCUUAAUAUGUUUUUUUUAAAUUACAAAAAAGAAUUUUGUACAGAUUAAAUAAAGUAUUUAACUGAGAACAU